UUUUUUGUUUUUAUAUGUAUAUGUAUUGUUGAGCGUUAUACAUAUAUAAUUUUAUAUAUUAAUAUGAAAUAAUAUACUUUAUUCUCAGCAAAUAUCUCAAGCAGUACCUCAAAUAGCAGUACUUCAAGUAGUACAGUAGAAUAUACAGAUGGUAACUUAAGCUGAUUUCACAAACUUAUAUCAAAUAUUUAAAAUAUUGUUAUUAAUUAUUCUAUGAAUUAUAAUUAAAAUUAUAGUAUUAUAUGUAUUAAUACAUGUAUUAAUCUUGUAGCUAAAACACACAUUUGGAGUAAGGAAGAAACAAUGUUACUUUUACGUUUAUAUGACGAAUACAAAGAUAAAUUUAAUAAUGGCAAAGGUACUGUGAAGCAAUACUGGAACAAAAUUGCAACAGUUAUGCAAGAAAAUGGGUAUGAUGUAACAGGAAUUAAAUGUUCAACAAAAUUCCAAGCGUUAAAGCGAACAUAUAAGUCAGUUAUCGAUCACAAUAAAAAAAGUGGUAAUAACCGUCAGGAAUGGGAAUAUUUCAAGAUCAUGCAGGAUUUAUUUUCCGAAAAACCAUGGGUACAAGCAAUAUCAGAGGCAGGAUCACAUGUGACAAAAGAUCCUAUUGACGAAAUUAUGCUAAUGGGAGAAGAAACGGAUAGAGAAAAUAUAUUACCAGCAAAACGUAACAUAGACCACAUGUUAUAUAUAACGUGUAUUAUAGAUAUAAUAAAUUAUUACAUUAUAAUAUUGAGAUAUAAUAGUGCUGUAGAUAUCAACUUAAGUAUAUUAUAAAAUAACAGUUUAUAUUAUAUUU